AUGACGACUGCUUCCGUAUCUACCAGCACAAUUCUUCACACUCUCAUCACAACCCAGGCCACACCCAACGUUACACAGUCCAACCCUCCCGUUACUGAAGCUACACUCGGCCCCAGUGCAGCUCCUCACACACAGCCACCCACCAUGACCCCACCAGCCCACACAACUGGGGAAGCCACUCCAUCUAGCAACCAGACCACCUUCCCAACAACUUCAUCCCCUGCUCCGAGCAACAGCACAACCAGUCAGACACCCACUCAAUCCACCCGUGUCCCAGGAACAACCACAGCCACACAUAAUGCCACUCACACCACACAGACAGCACCACCAGCCCCUACAGCACCUGGACCCACCCUUGCACCACAGCCAUUGCCAGUCAAGAUCGGAGUUUACCAAGUUCUCAAUGGCAGCAGACUGUGUAUAAAAGCAGAACUGGGCCUAGAGCUGAUUGUACAAGACAAGGAGUCGGUUUUUUCACCCCAGAGAUACUUCAACAUCAACCCCAAUGGGACUGAAGCUUCCGGAAACUGUGGACCCCGAAAAUCCAACCUCCUCUUGAACUUCCAGGGUGGAUUUGUGAACUUCACAUUCACCAAGGAUGAAAAUUCGUAUUAUAUCAGUGAAUUGGGAGCCUACCUGACCAUCUUACAUCCAGAGAGAACUUACCAAGGAAGGAAAAGUUCUCUGGUGUUGUUUGAGACGAUGGUUGGGCAUUCCUUCAAGUGUGUGAGUGAGCAGAGCAUCAAGCUGUCGGCCCACCUUCAACUGAAGACGACAAAUGUCCAACUUCAAGCCUUUGAUUUUGAAGCCGACAGCUUUGGAAAUGUGGACGAGUGUUCAUCUGACUACACAGUGGUGCUUCCGGUGAUAGGCGCGGUGGUGCUGGGCCUCUGUGCUCUGGGAUUGAUCGUCUAUGGAAUCCGCCGCGGGGGAGGGCGUGGAGCAGCCGGCUACCAGCGCAUCUGA